CAGUCCUGUCCUGUCGAGCCGGGCCUUUAUAGCGAAUUAAUCAUCCAACAGCCAAUUCUCUAACCCAUUUUGCAAUAUCUGGUAAUUGAGACGAUAAGUAUAACAAAACUCGACUUCUUCCGCUCCCCUGAGCAGCCACCCAACCUCUGCAGACUAGCGGUUGAAAAGCGAGGUUGCCGGUCCCGAUCCCACUCUUUUUAAUACUGCUGUAUUACAAUCAAUCCAGCAGCAGACCGAUGGUCGUCGAGAUUUUCUUGGUAUCGCGGUGGAUUCAAGGCGGAAUUGGUGCGAGGGUUGAGGUUGCAGAGCCGCUCCAAGUUGAUAAAAAGCCUACGCUUUGAUAUCCUGAUAUAUAAAAACCUCAUCCAUCCACCCAUCCAACCGUCACCCCUCCAGACCAUCUCGAUCGGGACAGCAGCCGACUGUACACAAUGGACGGAGGGGUCAAGAGGCGGUUGAGGAAUUCCGCCGGGUCGGGGAGGGAUAUCCUGUCCAUGGGGGCCAAGGACUCGAUCCAACUCGGUGACCCCUUGCCGGCGUCAACUCCACCUCGGCCAUCACGAGGAGCAUCCAACAAAUCAUCCAACCCAUCGCCAUCCACUCGAUCUCGGCGACAGGCUAUCAGGUCGUCACCCACUGCACAGCCGGAACCGGCCCACCUGCCGCCGGCGUCGACUUCUGCACCCUCGGCCCUGGUCAGCGUGAGAAGUGUAUCGAUUGCUAGCACCGAGGAUGCAUCCGAGAUUAUCGUCAAGACGGGCGCUGCUGAGACUACAAGUUCUGAGGAGUCCAUGGUGUCUACGCCGCUGGGAACUGACAGUCCCCCAUCGAUGGAAGACCCUCUUCCCACGCUCAAACCAUCCUUGUCAGCAAUGGUUGAAGAUGACGGGCCCUCAUACUCGAGAUGCAUAUCAGAACUAAGCGAUCAGUCGGAAUUAUCCUCCGUUCCUUCUUCCCUCUCUAGUAAAGCCACCACACCCAUUGACCUUGACCGACCCGAGCCGCCGGUUCCGCCGGUAGCGCUGGCCCCUGAGGCCCCUGAAGUCCCUGAGACAUCGAAGCCGUUAGAACCUUCCCCCGAGCCCAUCAGUCAGGAGGCCCAACCCCCCUCAGAGACUGUGCGCCCCGUUGAGUCUAUUCAGCCGCCGCCACUAAAGCCAAGCCCGAGGCCAUCCAAGUUCAGGAUAAAGUAUGGGCAGAACAAGAAAUAUGAUCUCAGACCAAGGACCUCGAUCCCGACCGACGUUUCCACUCAGGAGUAUGCCAUACAGUGCAUCGCGGCCGCCGAGUCGUCGAGACUUAACCCGUAUGCGCUUCAUCCGGACGAGUAUUUGAUGCUCAGGGACCACAUCAGUCAGGCACAGAUAACUACGUACUUGAAUCUCAGGAAUGGAAUUCUAAGGUUAUGGGUGCGAAACCCCACAUUCGUCCUGACGCGGGAGGAGGCUAUUGGCUGCGCUAAGGAUAGCCGCUGGUUUGACGUUGCAAGCGUCUGUUUUGACUGGCUUGUACGAGAAGGAUACAUCAACUUUGGUUGCUGUGAGGUGCGUCCGCUCCGGUCCAAACCCGGAGCUUCCGGCACUCCAACAAAACAAAAGACUAUUGUGGUGAUUGGAGCAGGCCUUUCGGGUCUAGGCUGUGCUCGACAAUUACAGGGUUUGUUCGCACAAUAUGCCAGGAGAUUUCGCGAGCGAGGUGAGCUGCUGCCAAAGGUGGUGGUCCUAGAGGGCAGGUCCAGAAUUGGUGGAAGGGUCUACUCGCGACCUUUUAGAACGGCGCCGCCCGCUCGAGGGGACGGUCCCCCGAGGCGAUACACUGCUGAGAUGGGCGGCAUGAUUAUCACAGGAUUCGACAGGGGAAAUCCGAUAAACAUUCUUAUUCGCGGUCAGCUGGGUCUCGGUUGUCAUGCGCUUCGGUCGGAUCUCAACUUGGUCAACAUUUACGAUACUAACGGCAAGCCUUUCGACCCAGAUCGUGACAUGCUGAUCGACAAGCUCUACAACCACUGCAUCGAAAGGGUUGCAGAGUACAAAUGGAAGUUGCCACUGCCUAAGUGGCUGGAAGGCAAGCGAGAAUUGAUUGACGAGGGCAAAGACAGCUGGGCAGAAGUCCACAAGACUAUCAGCUACGUGGAAGAGACGGCAGCGGCACAACCGCAAGCCCCAUCAGUGGCCGAACAGAAUAUUGCACCCAGAGUCGACCUGGUUCCAGUCUCGUCAGAUCGAGCUACGGGUCGGGUUCAUCUCGAGCCUGGAACUCCGGCAGCACACAAAGCAGCACACACCGUAAAGCUGCUGGGCUGGAAUCUGAAGAAAGGUGUUGAUGAUGACGCCGACAUUGACAUUGGGCCGGCCGUCAAUGCCCCGGAUGCCACGUUCGGGUCAGUUCUAGAUGAGACAAUCAUGCAGUUCAAAGACAUCGUGGACCUCAACUCCCAGGACAUGAGGAUGUUCAACUGGCACGUUGCGAAUCUCGAAUACAGCAAUGCUACCAACGUUCACCAACUGAGCCUUAGGGGUUGGGAUAUCGACAUGGGCAACGAGUGGGAAGGCAAACAUACCAUGGUGGUCGGAGGCUACCAAAGCCUGGCACUUGGUCUUGCUCAGAUUCCUUCAUCUCUGGACAUAAAAUACAAAAAAGUGGUCAAGACCAUCAGGAGGAAAUCAUCUGAUGAAGAUUCUCUCCCUGCCGAUGAGCAGCCCGGCUACAAGAUCGAGCUAGAGGAUGGCAGCAACAUAGAUGCAGACUACGUUGUCAACACGAUCCCGCUCGGCGUGCUCAAGCACGGCGACAUAACGUUCGACCCGCCACUGCCAUCCUGGAAGGCAGAUGCCAUCGAGCGUCUCGGUUUUGGAGUUCUGAACAAGGUCGUGCUUGUGUACGAUCAACCCUUCUGGGAAGAGGACAAGGACAUAUUUGGCGUUCUGCGCGCACCUCAGAGCCGGUCAAGUCUGCACCCGAAGGACUAUUCGUCAGACAGAGGUCGAUUCUUCCAGUGGUUCAAUGUAACCAACACCAGUGGGAUGCCUACGUUGCUUGCGUUGAUGGCUGGCGAUGCUGCCUUCGACACAGAAAAUACCCCGAACGAUGACCUAGUUGCAGAGGCCACCGAGGUAUUGCGAUCCAUCUUUGGUAAAUCUGUGCCUCAACCGAGGGAAUCAAUAAUCACCCGCUGGGCCUCGGACAGGUUCGCCCGCGGAAGCUACUCAUCUGCGGGGCCUAACAUGCAGCUGGAAGAUUAUGACCUCAUGUCGCGUUCCAUCGACAGGUUGUAUUUUGCAGGAGAACACACCAGUGCGACACAUCCAGCCACGGUCCAUGGAGCUUACAUGUCCGGAUUGAGGGCUGCGGCUGAGGUGCUCAACGACAUGCUCGGACCCAUAGAGGUGCAGACGCCCCUGAUCGUCCCCAAGGAGACUGGGACGACGUCUACACUGCUAAAGCGCAAGUCGACGACUGAUCAGGUCCGGGAUCCGCAGAAGGAGGCCGAGGAGGCAUGGCAGGCUCAACUUUGGGAGCAUCAGUGGUCCCUCUUGGGCGAACACCCGCUGCAGCCUGCUAAAGUCGCGACUAAGGCGCACUUGCUCUUCUCCAAGGCGAACACAGAGGCGGCGAGGCAGAAGUGCCUCGAGGGGCGUCGGCCUGGCAAGGGUCCUCCCACGGCUCAUGAGGUCCGCGCCAUGGCGGGCAAGAUGUGGAAUGCAGCCUCCGAAGAGCAGAGGCGGCCGUUCAUUGAGCAAGUUGCGACGCUUAAAGAAGUAUACGUCAAGGCAAUGGCCGAAUGGACUAAAAAGUCGAAUGAAUGGAACAAACAGGCGCUCGAAAUUGCGGCCGAUUUCGAAAAAAAGAACCCGAAACCCACAGCCCACACCAAUGCCGUCGUCGGCCCCAGCAGUGUUGGGGAAGAUGUCAAAGCAUCAAGACCCGCUGCUGGAUCGCCAGCCGUGGAGGAGGAGGCUGGUCGUCAAGCCAAGAAGCUUGCUGUCGACAAGGCAGGCGUGAAAGAGGACGGAGACAUCGAGAUGACGGGCUGA